CGCUUAGAGUCCAGGAGUUAAGAGUGUUAGACUUUAGACUUUACUCUUUUCUAGAAAGCAAGAAGCGUCGGUUGGCACGUACGGAAGUCGCAGUCGCACGUGAGAAAGCAGCACCAUCUCAACUCGGCCCCCCUUUAAUUCCAAACAUCUAAUCUAUAGCUCUCUGCCUCACUCUCUUCAACGACUAAACUCACUGCCCGCAGAUCGGUUCAAUCUCAAGACUUUGUUUGUAUUUUUGUAGCUGCCAAGUGGCGUUGUAGUCCCGAUAACCAUAUGAUACAACAAGGGUGCAUUCCUGAGUUUGGCGUAUCAGAUGAUUUGUAGUAUCUAUAUUAUGCUUUGUCAGUGCCAUUAUGGGCAUUCGUCUGAUGAAAUAUCAAUGGCCAUGGCUGCUUCUCAUUCUAUUCUCUUUUAUCCUAGCAAACAGAAUCAGAGCUAUCAGUCCUGAUGGAGAGGCACUUCUGAGCUUUCGGAUAGCAAUUAUUAGUUCAGAUGGUGUGCUUUCUCAGUGGAGACCAGAGGAUCCUGAUCCAUGCAAAUGGAAAGGGGUGAAGUGUGAUAGUAAAACCAAGAGAGUGACAACUUUGAGCCUUACCAAUCAUAAACUGAGUGGUCCUAUAUCGCCUGACCUUGGGAAGUUGGAGCACUUGAGGCUUUUAAUGCUUCAUAAUAACAACUUUUAUGGGGCAAUUCCAUCAGAGCUGGGUAAUUGCACAGAGUUGCAGGGAAUUUAUUUGCAGGGUAAUUACUUAAGUGGAUUAAUUCCAAGUGAAUUGGGCAAUGUUUCUUCACUUCAGAAUCUGGAUAUCUCAAGCAACUCUCUCAGUGGAUCUAUCCCUCCCUCAAUUGGAAGGCUAGAUAAGCUCGUUACAUUCAAUGUGUCAAACAAUUUUCUGGUCGGGCCUAUACCAUCGCAAGGUGUCUUCAGCAACUAUACAGCUAGCUCUUUUGUUGGAAAUCGUGAUUUAUGUGGAAAGCAGAUCAAUGUAGCAUGCAAAGAUGACAAUGGGGGAGCUACACCGUAUUCUGAGUCACCUACUUCAGCUCAAGUUGGUAAAAGGAAAUACUCCGGAAAGCUUCUCAUUAGUGCAUCAGCGACUGUAGGUGCACUGCUUUUGGUGGCACUUAUGUGUUUUUGGGGGUGCUUCCUAUACAAGAAGUUUGGUAAAAAAGAGAGCAGAACUCUUGCCAUGGAUGUUGGCGGAGGGGCAUCAAUUGUUAUGUUUCAUGGAGACUUGCCAUACUCUUCAAAAGACAUUAUUAAGAAAUUGGAAACUUUGAGUGAGGAAGACAUUAUAGGUACUGGGGGGUUUGGGACAGUGUACAAGCUUGCAAUGGAUGAUGGCAAUGUGUUUGCAUUGAAACGAAUUGUGAAGAUGAAUGAGGGAUUUGAUCGUUUUUUUGAAAGAGAGCUUGAGAUUCUUGGAAGCAUAAAACAUCGAUACCUUGUAAAUUUGCGAGGAUAUUGUAAUUCACCUACAUCAAAGCUGUUAAUCUAUGAUUUCCUGGCUGGUGGUAGCCUUGAUGAAGCUCUUCAUGAACGAUCUGAGCAGUUAGACUGGGAAGCACGUUUGAGCAUUAUUAUGGGAGCAGCAAAAGGGCUGGCUUAUCUACACCAUGAUUGUUCUCCAAGGAUCAUACACCGUGACAUAAAGUCCAGCAAUAUUUUACUUGAUAGCAACUUGGAAGCUCGAGUAUCAGACUUUGGACUUGCAAAACUGUUAGAGGAUGAAGAAUCUCAUAUUACAACCAUUGUUGCAGGAACUUUUGGUUAUUUGGCUCCAGAGUAUAUGGCAAGUGGGAGAGCAACUGAGAAGACUGAUGUCUAUAGUUUUGGGGUUUUGGUGCUUGAAGUCAUAAGUGGCAAGAGACCUACUGAUUCAUCUUUCAUUGAAAAGGGCCUCAACAUCGUUGGCUGGUUAAAUUUCUUAAUUACGGAGAAUAGAGAGCGAGAGAUUUUAGAUCCGAAUUGUGAGGGGGUUCAGGCAGAAAGCCUUGAUUCUUUGCUCUCAGUUGCAAUCCAGUGUGUUUGUUCAAACCCAGAGGAUCGACCCACCAUGCACAGGGUGGUGCAGUUGGUUGAAUCAGAGGUUAUGACUCCAUGCCCAAGUGAUUUUUAUGAUUCCAACUCUGAUUGAAUAGUUGAAGAUGAAGCUGAAAAUGAGGAAAUGUGUGUAUGGUUUCACGUUCUUCUGUUUGUCUUGACAAGUAAUGCAAUCCAAUCACAAGCAGUAAAUGAGGGGGGAGAGGUUGAACCUGCAACAGCUUCACACUUGGGUUCAAUUUUUUUGAUUUAAUUCUUCUAUGCAGAUGGAAGCUGGAUGGAAGGUGUGGUGUAUAUUUGCAUUACAUUUCACAUUUACAUUUACCCAUAUCCAUUUGAACCUCAAUUUGAGAUGUUGAAUAGAAUUUGGCGGAUGUCAUGGGUGAACUGCAAUUUACAAUGGAAUUGGAACGUUCACCUUCUCUUCCCUUGUGGUACGAGUUGGUCAGUCGGUUGGUAGUUCAUUAGGUGUCUGUUUUGUUUUUCCUAUUUUCCCCUUACUCCUUUUGCGUUUCUCCUCCUGCCGCUGCCCCUGCCCCUGCCCCUGCCCCAUGUUUAAGUGUAUAUGACGACAAUAUUUGUGUAAAUUGACCAUGUUGACGGAGUUUGGCA